CGUGUCUGUCUGUCUGUUGUCUAACUGGAGCUGUGUGUUUUUGUCCGCUCCGCUGUCAAUACCACACUACUAGCCCAGAUAUUAAUGCAAUGCAAUGGGAAUAUAGCGAUCAUGGCUAAGAAUCUAAUUGUGUUAAAUAUUUUCGUCCUGGUUUGCAUAUUUGGAACUUAUGAUGGACAAUGACCCAACACCCCUCCAGGCUGUGUAAGGGCUAUUUGACCAAGAAGGAGAGUGAUGGAGGGCUGCAUCAGAUGACCUGACCUCAACCCAAAUGAGAUUGUUUCAGAUGAGUUGGACAACAAGUGCUCAGCAUAUGUGGGAACACCUUCAAGACUGUUGGAAAAGCAUACCAGCUUUGUGGUGUAACUGCACCACAGCCCAGUGUGAGAAGACUGGCUCCCAGUGUGAGACAGACGGGGCCUGCAUGGCCUCCACGUCCUUCAUCAAUGGGCUGGAGCAGCACAUCCGUAUCUGCAUCACCCGGGACAAGCUGGUACCCCCGGGCCAGCCCUUCUACUGCCUGAGCGCUGAGGGCCUCCUCUACACACACUGCUGCUACACUAACUACUGCAACAGCCUCGACCUCAAAGUAACCUCUGGUGAGUGUCUCGACCUCAAAGUAACCUCUGUGACGUCAGUGACGCCGGGCCUGGGGCGUGUGUUUGGCCCUGAUGGUAAAUGGGGUCCAGUGGAGCUGGUAGCAGUGGUCGCAGGGCCCGUCUGCCUGCUGUGUGUGCUGCUAAUCAUGGGUGUGUUCCUGUUCCAGUACCACCAGCAAGCCUACAGCCACAGGCAGAGGCUGGAGGUGGAGGACCCCUCCUGUGACCAUCUCUACAUGGCCAAGGACAAGACCCUGCAGGACCUCAUUUACGACAUGUCCACCUCUGGAUCAGGCUCCGGCCUCCCUCUGUUUGUCCAGCGAACAGUGGCCAGGACCAUCGUGCUGCAGGAGAUUAUAGGAAAAGGGCGUUUCGGGGAAGUGUGGCGCGGCCGCUGGAGAGGAGGAGACGUGGCGGUGAAGAUCUUUUCGUCCAGAGAGGAACGCUCCUGGUUCCGCGAGGCUGAGAUCUACCAGACCAUUAUGCUGCGCCACGAAAACAUCCUGGGAUUCAUCGCCGCCGACAACAAAGAUAAUGGCACAUGGACCCAGCUGUGGCUGGUGUCAGACUACCACGAGUAUGGCUCUCUGUUUGACUACCUGAACCGUUACUCCAUCACCAUCGAGGGAAUGAUCAAACUGGCACUGUCUGCUGCCAGCGGCCUGGCACACCUGCACAUGGAGAUCCUGGGCACACAGGGUAAGCCUGGUAUUGCCCACCGGGACCUCAAGUCUAAGAACAUCCUAGUGAAGAAAAACAGUACCUGUGCCAUUGCUGACCUUGGGCUGGCCGUGCGCCAUGAGUCCACCACCGACACCAUAGACAUCGCCCCCAACCAGAGAGUGGGCACAAAGAGGUACAUGGCCCCUGAGGUUCUGGAUGAGAGCAUCAACAUGAGGCAUUUUGAUUCGUUUAAGUGUGCAGACAUCUACGCUCUGGGCCUGGUUUACUGGGAGAUCGCACGCCGCUGCAACGCUGGAGGUAUCCAUGAGGAGUACCAGCUACCGUACUUUGACCUGGUGCCCUCUGACCCCUCCAUAGAGGAGAUGAGGAAGCUGGUGUGUGACCAGAAGCUACGGCCCAACGUGCCCAACUGGUGGCAGAGCUACGAGACCCUGCGUGUGAUGGGGAAGAUCAUGAGGGAGUGUUGGUACGCCAACGGAGCCGCCCGCCUCACCGCCCUGCGCAUCAAGAAGACCCUGUCCCAGCUGAGUGUCCAGGAGGACAUCAAAGUUUGAGAGGGCCCUAUCCCAAAGACCUGAGGAGAGCACUGGGGACUCUGUCCUGCACUAAAAAAAUACUGAGAGAGAUAGAGGGACAGUGUCUUUUCAAAGAACGCACAAGCUAACGACAGAAAAUGUAAACAAACAAAAAAAACAUUACAUGACUCUCCUGACAGUUUUUUUUAAAGCCACCACCGCCUGAGUUGUGACAAACCCUACCUCGUCUAUUCAGCCAAAACUACUGGCAACCCCUGUCCAUUCCUUGCCCCCAACCUAUCCCACCAUUCUGACCCACAAACCUGUUCCUACAGCCCCCUUCUCUGUUCUGUUCCUACUAAAAUGACUGCUGCUCCCGAUAAAUGCCCAUGUUAAUCUCAAUGGCAGGAUAAACACUGAGUGUACAAAACCAUUAAGAACACCUUCCUAAUAUUGGGGUGGAACCCCCCCCCACCCCUUUCCCUAAGAACAGCCUCAAUUCAUGUUGACUCCAAUGCUUUCCACAGCUGUGUCAAGUUGGCUGGAUGUCCUUUGGGUGGUUGACCAGUAUUGAUACACACGGGAUAAACCAGCAGCGUUGCAGUUCUUGACACACUCAAACCGGUGCACCUGGCACCUACUAUCAUACCCCAUUCAAAGGCACUUAAAUCCUUUGUCUUGCCCAUUCACCCUCUGAAUGGCACACAUACACAAUCCAUGGCUCAAGGCUUAAAAAUCCUUCUUUAACAUGUCUCCUCCCCUUCAUCUACACUAACUGAAGUGACAUCAAUAAGGGAUCAUAUCUUUCACCUGGAUUCAGCUGGUCAGUCUGUCAUGGAAAGACAAUGUUUUGUACACUCAGUGUACACUCUGUAUAAAACUGUAGUUAGAGGAUGUGUGUAAUUUAAUUUUAUACAAUAUUUUUUAUUUGAUUCACAAGUACCUAUGCAUUUGUAUUGGUUUGCCUUUAUAUUGUGUUGAAUAACUGACGGCAGAGGUCUGUUUUUCAAUUGUUUUCUUUUGUCAGGGAGUGUGUGUGUGUGUGUGUGUGUGUGUGUGUAUAUAGGGGGAAGAUGAGGUCCGUCUUUGAAUACUGUAUACUGAUCUCUCCGUUGUAUAUACAUACACACUGAGAAAUUGAUUUUAAAAUCCAUGAAGACCAAGUCUUCCUUAUUUAUGUGGGCAUGUUAUGUAUCAUUUAUGGUAGCAGUGGUCUGUGAGUCACAGAGAUCAGGUUACCAGAACAUAGGUUUACAGCAACCAAUGUUGUUUUGUAACUCCUAUUGCCUACUUAGAGGCAGGAAUGGUCCAUACAAACACCCGGCUCUAUGGUAUAUCAUGACGACGGACUGUAUAGCCAUUUCGUGUGUGUGUGUACGCGCGCGCACACACAGACGCUCUAAUGACGGGUUGCUGUUAUGAAUUCGAUUUUAUUUUGAUUUGAGUUUCAUUUGACAACAGUUUAACACUGGUAACUGUUCUUGGAUGGGAGACAAUGGGAGGGGCUUAUUUGUGCUGUCAAUCAUCCACUGACAAACCAAUGGAAUAUCUCCAAAGCAAAACUACUGUACACUGUCAUUGAAAGCGCAUACUGAGUCCCUCCAAUUUGAUGUCUCACAUUACUAUAGAACAGUAUUUGAGUCAAUACUCCAUAUCCUUCAAUUCUACUCAACCUAUUUUACAUCCUUGAUAUGAAAAUUGUAAAUAGUUUAUAUAAUGAUUUACCUCAUGUCAAAUCAUAUUACCAAAUGUUAUUUUCAGGAAAACUAUGUACUGUUAAUUUUUGCUUUUUGUUUUGUUGACCACUUACUCAAAAGGUACUGCGGACUUAAAGCCUCUUUCCCUGUGUUCUUAAUCCUGCCAGUUUGCUGUGAGUUCCUAGAAAAUGCUCUGCAGGGCCCAUGUGUGCACUAACUCCACAGCAUCGCAACUCAACCGUUCAAGUUCAACACCCCUCACUGUUUUACUGCAGAUUAUACCAGUGAAAGCAGAGUGUUUAAUAUGUUCAGUAAGCAUUUUAAUCACAGUUCCUCAGUGAUCGGUAAAUACCUCUCCCAGAUUUCACAUUUUCAGAAAGCUAAGUAAGAGUGAGGAUUCAUCAGACCCUCUGUAAAGGGUGCUUAUUCAGUAUAGCUAUAGCACAUACAGGCAGGGGUUGAACCUUUGAAAAAUGAAAUACUACUGAUACUUAUGACUGCUGUUCCACAGGAAAUACUGUAUGUAUGCCCUGUAUGUAUUUAGUGUUAGUUAAUGACCAUGUCAUGCUCACCUGUACUGUAUUUUUUUUUUUAAAUAUAGUUCUUAAACAUCUCCCUGAAAUGUGGUUGUUUAUGGCUGUGAGUGGGAGGCAGGACCUGGGUGUUUGUCUGCAUACUGUUAGACAAUCUCACCACACAUCUGCCUGUCUUUGGUCAGGGAGUGAUCCUAUGCAAAUGUCAUAGGCCAUGGUUGGGAUGUGUCUAUGGCCUUGUUUUGAGCACACACUGUUAAGGGAUGGUAUGACAUGUUGUAUUGUGUUUAAUGAAGCACUGAAUUAUGAACACCCAGGUCUCUAUCCAGACAUCUGGACUAAAACCAUGAACCUUUUCAAGACUAGUGUCCAAUCAUGCAUAUAGCCUAGAGAGUAAUAAUACAACCGUUUUCCUAAGUUGUGUUUCUUUUACUCACAUACCAGUGUGUACAUUAAUGCAUAAACUAUUUCCAUUAGUGGCU